AUGGGUAAGGACGACAAACAGAGAAGAAAAGGCAAUGCUCAGGUAUAUUUUUACUAUAUGAUAAACGUUACUAUAAUAGGUAUUGUCUUCAUCUCGAAGUUUUUAAAUCUUUGUGUUUUCAGGGUGCGAGUAGUUCACGUGCUGCUGAAUUACUGCAAAAAAGUGGGAUCAACGUUAAUUUUCUGGGAUUCAACGCUGCUGAUGCGGCUUUGAAUCCUGGUGAUCUUGAUGAACAAGAUGAUUACGUCGAUCUGGAUGCCAAAGUCAGAGUAAUCUUUCGAAAAUUUGGUAAAAGAGAAGCUAAUACAAGAGAAAAGGCUCUAAAAGGACUGGCUGAGGUUAUUGUAGAAGAUGAGGACACUUACACUUCUUUCAAACCAUUUGUUGCUGUCUACAGCAAGUUGGCCUUUGUAAGUUAUUAUCUUUUUGUUCUUAUAACUUUAGGCUUGUUAUUCUAAAAACGUAAGCUUCAGGAUCCUUCAACGGCAGUCAGGAUUGCGGUCAAUAAUUGCUUGGAGAAGUACAUCAAGACGUUCAAAUCAAAGAUUGCUUCAGAUGUUGUUACGGUACGUCUUUGAUUAAAACGUUUUGAUUUUAGGUAUUCAGUAAGAAUUAUAAGAUAUGAUUGUGGCUAAUAUGAAAAAUACAUUUUUUAUCGUUUUCAUUACAAAUUUGCUAUUUUUUUAACUUAUUAAACUUGUAAUAAAGAUAAAAAAAUAUUUUUAGGUAUUACCUCUUGUGUUAUUGUCCACCUUUGAUCACAUUACCGCGGUUAAAAGAAGUGCUGCCGACAUUCUUGAAACCUGUUUUGAUGACGAGAAAAGGGAAAAGAUAUACCAACAGUUUCCUAGUAAAACCAUCGACAUUUGUUUGGAGAUAAUUAAAAGACGACACAAUCUACUCGGACCUCAGAAGUAAGUAAUUUGAAAAGUUUUUGGUUCUUUGUGAAAAUUUGGCAUUGAAGUGCACUAUUUUUGAUCAUUGAAAAGUUCAUAAUUUAUAUUUUAAGGUUUGAAGACUUGGAGAAUUAUUCUCAGCGAUGUGAUCGACUGAUUACUCAAUCUCUGGGAGCGGUCGAUAGUUUUAUUGAAAAAUACGACAAAAAGAAGGAGAUAUUCAAGGUGUUGGUGGGGGAGUUUGACAAGUUAAGUGGAAUGGGACCUCAGGUACACUUUGAUUAUUAAUUUUUUUGUUAUUUUAGGUAAUACUUAUUUGCUUUACAUACAUUUUUAAAGCUUAAUUCAAGUGAUUAACAUUAUUUUAGCUUCAAAGCCGAUUGAUGAAAGUGUUUUUGGUAUAUAUGAAGCUAGAGUCAUUGGAAGAUGUUCUAAAAACUUCAGUUUGUGGUAAGAUAGUCAAGUUGAUGGACUCUCCACAUGAAAGUGUAUCUCAACAUGCCUUCUCUUGCUAUCUGUAUAUGGCCAAUGCUGUCGGAAGCGGUCAGAAGGGCAACUUUUCUCUGAAGGACUUCGUUUGUGUACCAGUUUUGAGGAUGGUCGCUCGAAAGGCUAGGUAUGGCACUUUUUAUGCACGGGUUUUGUGUUUUGGAGGUUGUUUUGAAUAUUUGUUGUUAAAGGUUAGCCUGUUUGAUUUUAGCCAUUACAAAAGUCUGGAGCACUGUUUGUUACCUCUGGUAAUAAUUGUCAUCAAAAACGCAGAAGACCAGCCUGAACUCAAAGCAUGGAUUAAGAGUUUACUUAACAGUUUCUUUGAAGGGUACGGUAACUUUAAUUUUUAUUUAGUUUUUCUUUAAUACUCCUGUUACUGUUUUAUCUUGCUGUAACAUACCUUAUACUAAUUUAGGUAAUAUUUUAGUGAAAUGCCAUCAAACGUCUUCUUAAGUUGGGCCAAAGCGUUAUCUGAUGUCAUCGAGAUGCUGAAUUUGAAGUAUUUGGAGAAAGAGUACGAUGAAGAGGUUUCUGAAUGGGUCGAGAAUUCUGUAGUCAGAUUUCUUCAGAUAUAUCUGACAAAAGAAGAAGAUGACAUCAAGGAGAACGACAACGAUCUGGAUGAUGUUGCUCUAAAGUUGGUGCUGAGACAGUGUUCAGAGAUUGGAGAAAAGAAGGUGGAAGACGUGGUUAACAUGUUACUAGAGCAACUGUUCUACAAUCUACCGAAGAGCCAAGAUUUCAUUUUGAAAAUUUGGGAGAAACGAGACGAUGAAAAGCUAAAAACGAUCAACUUCUGGCUGCAGAAACAGAUCCUGGAAGGCGACGCAAAGUCUACACAACUUUUUACAAAGUUUCUGGAAGAUGGAUGUUAUAAAAGCAUGAAGGACCUUGACUAUGACAAGUUGGUGGAGGGUGUUAUGGAUACGAUUUGUGAGAGAAAAGAGAUCACUGAGGUGCUGUUCAAGACAUUCGUGUGGUUGGUAAAGGAAAACAAGGUGGAGGCGCAAGAACUGUUUGAGGUGGUUGAUGUGAGUUGUCAAAAGUUUGUACAAAGUAAUGUUGUUUGGUAUAAUUUUACUUGUUAUUUUAUGGAUUUAAAACUUAAUGUUUUAUCUUGAAAGCUCAAAAGAAAUUACAAAAUGGUUGUUUAGGUAAUUAAACUAAUAUUUUUAAUAGUUAAAAGUAAUAUACUUAUAUUUUAGGUAUCAAAACUAAAGCACACUGUCAAGCUGAUGUUGUUAUGCUUCGAUGAGCAAGAAUAUCUGUUCUCUGACGUGGAUCGAGAACGGAUUGUCACAGGAGUACUAAUAGGACUAGUUCAAAAUGCGACUCUUUUGAGUAUUGAGAAAAUGCCUGAGGCGUUACAUUUUUGGAUUUCGCAUACUUUAUCUGAUAACAUGUACAAGGUGCUUGGUACAGUUUGUCACAAGUACAAUGUCGCUUUGCUGGCUAAGGUCAUUAUUGUCAUCAGCAAAGUAGACGUAAGUUUCUACAGUACAUUUUUGGUGGUUUACUGUUACAGUUUUUUAAAGAUUUAAGGAUUAUAUCGCUGCACUUUAGGGUAUUUCAUUUGAAUUUCUGGAUGAUUUGAGUCAAGUUUUAAUCGAUCACAUUGUUGAUGACAGUUUUACCGAGUAUCCAGACGAAAAUGACAAACUAGACCUGGACUGGUUCUUAAGUCAACAUCAAAAGGAUUCGGCCAAACUCCAGAAGGUUUUCGAAUAUGAAACGGUCGAUUUCAAGGAUAUCGUGCCAUUUUACAGUGAAGUCGCACAUGGUUUCGAUGGGAUUAAGAGUAUAUUGAACAUGUUUGAAUCUACAAGUGAUGAGUUGUUGGCUAUGAGCAAGGAUUUGGAUUCGUGUGUAAGUUUAGCUUUAAGUAAUUUAAAAAAAAAUUUUUUUAAUUGUGGAUAUUAUAAUUCUAAUAAUAAAGGAUUUAGUUAAAGCAUAAUAUGCCGUUUUAUAAUGUGGCUACAUUAACUAUGAUUUUUUAACUUCUUGUUUAAGGUAGCUUUUCACAUCUUGGCCAAAGAACCAUUAGCUCAUUGCUACGCUUUAAGUUUUGACAGAGUACCGGAUUCUGAAUCUGACGACAAAUUAAAUGACGAAUAUUUGAAGAAAGGUUUACUGUAUAUGAGCUUGAAGCCAGAUUCUAUCACAAGUAAAAUGCUCUUACAUUCCAUAUUACUUUACUCGGCUAAUUAUGCCCAAAUGGACUAUGUUUAUUGUGAUUCAUUCAGAAGUGUGCUUCUGAAGCAUAUGAACAUGUUUGAGAAGGUCUUUGAGGUAUGUUUUGACUGAUUUUUUAAAAAUUUUAUUUUAUUUGCGGGUAUCAUAUUCUUGUAUUUUACAUUGGCCGUAAUAUGUAUGAAAUAAUAGUUUUGAGUUUUACUAUCUUUAGAGCUUGACCGACGAUCAAAGGAACAAUGUAAUCAAGGCGGCUGUAGACGUCUACUUUGGCAAAACAAUGUCAUUUACAUUUAUCUAUGGACUCAGAAGGCUACUGCCAAAAUGGUCUAAUCUAUACCGACAAAUCGAAGAAUCAAAGUUUAGUUUACAACACAAAAUGGCAAUAAAGGCUGGUAUUAAUGUUGACUUUGUCUUGUAUGAUGCUGAGUUGAUCGAGAAGCACGAACACCUACCAUUCAUCGUAUCUUUGGAACGAAAAACAUAUAAACUGAGAGAAAGUAGCGGAAAUGAAGACGUGGCUGUGAUUUCGUUGGCAGAAAUCAAAGAGAAAGUCGACCAAAAUGACAUUGAUUGGUUGUUUACUGCUACGGGGUAAGUCUUACCUUAAAAUUACAGGGUUUUGCAUGCUAAGUUGUUAUUAUAUAAUGAUUGAGAUGUUUCCAAAUAAUGUAAACCUUAUUUAAUGCAGCUGUUUUGAAUUGCUACUUUAGGCAUAAAAUUGUUUCAGAGACAUUGAGAAAGACUUGUUGUCAUGUUCAGUCCUCCGUCUGUCUAUUCAACUGGCUGGUCGACUUCCAGAACUACCUCAAGAACUUCGUGACUUUGUUUUAUGUGGUCUUAUCACCUCGAUGCAAGACUUUACAGCUAAAGAGUCGAGGGCACCGUUGUUGGAGGUACUGGCGACUUUGGCAUUGGAAUUCUUCACAAGUUACGAUCGAAAGUUAAGCGACAAACUGAGUGAAUUGAAGAGUUUGCCAGACAUUUCUGAAGAUUUGCUGGCAAACAAGAUGAUCGUUCAAGGUCAGAUUCAGGAGUGGAGAGAGUUCUUUGGGUCUUCGGCUUCAAACUAUGCAUUUGCUUGGUUCUGUUGGUUGACUGUUGGAGGAAAGGAACGAUCUGAUGGUAAGUAUUGGAUGGGUGUAGUAAGUAUUUAAAAUGUUUUAUUUUUUGAAGGUUUUGAUGAGUAUAUAGGUUCAUUUUAUUAGUAUUGGUCAUGCUUUGUUAAAUAAAUCUUUUUUUAGCUUGGAAAUGUCCAUCUUUCUUGCGAGUCCAAUUGUGUAAAACCAUUCGAAACACAUUCUUGGACUUGAAUAUGCAAGAACUUGUUUCUAAUCCAUCUUCUCUCUGUGCCACUUACAUGAAAGACAAGGAUACUGUAACAAAAGACGAGAUCUUUGAUUCUUUUGUCACUGUUUUGUCGAGUUCUCUGCCAGAAUUACAGUUAACGGCCGUCUUCUUGCUACAAAAGUAAGUUUACUAAUCCUUUACAAGUCAUUGUAUGGUUAUGUAAACUUUAAUUGCAUAUUUGUCAUACCUUAUCUUGUGCUAUGGGUUUUGUAAUGUAACCAAAACAUUAUUUUUAGUCUUAUCUUGACGCACUUUACAACCAAAGAUGAGAUUGACGAACAAUUGUCAAAGAUGUUGCUGACUUCAGAAUCCACGUCUUCAGAAAACGAAGAAGCUACCGACACUCAGAGAAACACUGUAGAGUAUAAAUUGUCAAAGUUCUUUGACGAUCUGUCUUCUAUAGUGGUGGAAUCAGAUGACCAAGAUUCUAUUGACUACGCUUUUGUAGUCUGGGAUCUUCUGAUUCGCACUGUCAAGCUACUGGACAGUCAACAAUCAGCUGAGUUCUGUGCUCAGUUGUCACAGGAAAGGAUUGGGCAUAUGUUUGGGAGUGUGAUACAGUAUCUACCACUGGGUAUGAACAAAGAUGAUUGUGUUACGGUAAUUAACAGGAGACCUGACGAUGUUCUCAGCUUCUGGAAGACGCCGUUCACGGUAGACAAGAGUAGGAUGGUGAAGAAGAGCAACUACGCCUUGUGGUUGUACUACAGGUCAUUGGAAACGUUACCUGCUCUGGUUAGAGAUUGGGUCAGUCUGUUGAAGAACGACAAACUCAAAAAGUAAGGUUUUGGCUAGAAUAGUUUAGAAUACAGGGUGUGGUGAUAUUCGGAAUAGUAUGGAAGUAUGACUAUAUUGUAAAACUUAGAUUACCUUUAUUUUUUGUUUUUCAGGUUUACGGCUAUAUCUUUGUCACCUAUUUUGAUCGAAGAAGAGUUCAAGAAAGUUGGAAAUGUAAAAAAAAAGACUGGAUUCUCUGUGAGGUCAAGAACGGCUACAAAGGAGAUUGUGGCCAGGUAUCAGGUCGAAGAGUUGACGUUGGAAACGAUAAUCAAACUGCCUGAUGACUACCCGCUGUCUCAAGUCACUAUCGUCCACGACAAGAGGAACAUUAUAUCAAAGGGAAUGACCCACAAACUGCACCUCAACUUGUUCAGUUACGUUAAUACAAGGGUAAGUAAUGCAGUCUUGUAUUUGUAUUUUUUGUAUAUUAUGUUUGUAUUUAUUUGAUUGUAUGAUAUAAUUUAAUUUUUAUAUGUAUAUUGAGGUAUAUAAGGUAGUUUGAAGGAGUAUUGUUUUUAGAACGGUGCUAUUUGCGACGCUGUGCUUCAGUGGAAGAAGAACGUUGAGAAGCAGCUAGAAGGCGUGGAAGACUGUGCUAUUUGUAUGAUGACCGUAUCUAGCAGAAACUACCGUAUGCCUGACCUUAAAUGUCGACAAUGUACAAAAAAGUUCCAUUCUGACUGCAUGGUAAGCUUAAUUUUAAAAUUGUUAAGUAUAUUACAGUGAUAUGUUUUGUAAUAUACGAUUUUAAAAUAGAUUCGCUGUUUUGAUUUUUUAUGUUAUUUUUACAUUAAAAGUUGUAAUUAACACCUAUUUCAGUUGAAAUGGAUCCAAACGAGUACUGCCCCAACUUGUCCCUUAUGCCGAAACGAGUUUUAUUAG